GGUAGGUAGUAGCUAGGCAAUAAAAAGGAGAAGAAGAAUUUAUAUUUCUCUUAAGACAGAAUCAAAACCCCUAUUUUCUUCUUGCAAUAAAGUACUCAUAAUUAAACAACACGCUAUCACCAGUCCUAAUCACAAUGUUAUAUGAUCUGCUACUUUUAGACUUCUUCAGCUAAAGUAAAGAAGCAUUCUGCAGUUCUUUUUUUUUUUCUUGCAGGAAGAAGAAUGCUUCAACCAACUGAAGCAGAAGUAAUUCAGCAGGAGCAGCCAAGGAGGCCAAGCCUAUCAUCUCUGCAAAUACCUGAAAGGUCAGAGAGUGAGCUAUCCAAUUCUACAAGGAUAGAGGUUACAAGUCCUGAAUCUAUUCGGGCCGGGUUGCCGCCGAGACCGAACUCGGCUAGGUUGUUAUCAUCAGUGAAGAGUUUGAUUCCACAGAAGAGUUUUAGAGCAAAGCAUUCUCCACCAGAUGCUGAAAAGACUGUUCUUAUUCUCCCUGACACUCUUCUUUCUGACAAACCUUCAACCUCAUUUUCUCUGAACAAAACCCUCUUCUCCUCAUCAACAAAGCCAGCUCAUUCUUUGCCAGAGACACCUAAUGGGUCCAUCCAGAUGAAAUCCAUUGUGGAUGAUCGUUCAGAACCACCAAUAUUUGAAGUCCAACAGCAUAUACCGCGUUCUCUUUCUGUCCCUGCCAAUGUUAAAAGUAAAAGCUUGAAGAGGACUGGUUCUUCUGGAAAUUUGAUCCGUGUAAUAUCUUCAUCUAGCAGGAGAAAUGCAGAUGGCAAUGCGUUACAAGGCACGACAUCGGAAAUAGAAAACGCUGCUACUAAUGAUGACAAUGAAGACAUUCCGGAGGAAGAGGCAAUUUGCAGAAUAUGUUUUGUUGAGGUUGAUGAAGGAGGAGAAACACUUAAAAUGGAGUGUAGCUGCAAAGGAGAGCUUUCACUUGUUCAUAAGGAGUGUAUCAUAAAGUGGUUUAACAUCAAAGGUAAUAAGUUAUGUGAUGUUUGCCAGCAGGAAGUUAAAAACCUCCCCGUCACACUGCUUAAGUUACGGAAUCCUUCAACUGCUGUGAGAAGGCUGACAACUGCAUCUCAACAGCAACAGGAACCUGCUCGGUACAGGGUUUGGCAGGAUGUACCUAUUCUUAUUAUGGUCAGCAUUCUAGCAUAUUUUUGCUUUCUAGAGCAACUUCUGGUGUCUGACAUGGGAACUCGUGCUCUUGCUCUCUCAUUGCCCUUCUCUUGUGCUUUAGGUUUCAUGUCAUCCUUGAUAGCCUCUACAAUGGUGAGCAAGGGAUACAUAUGGGCUUAUUCUUCAUUUCAGUUUGCAAUAGUGAUCUUGUUUGCUCACAUAUUUUAUGCAGCUCUUAACGUGAGUGCUAUUCUGUCUGUGUUGCUUUCCUCAUUCACUGGGUUUGGGAUUGCAAUAAGCACAAAUUCACUGGUGGUGGAGUAUUUGAGGUGGAGAGGCAGCCGGCAGCAUCCCCAGAACACCACCACCCCCACCACCAUGACAAGGAACGUUGAUCGGAUGAUGCAAGUGUGAGUCCAACUGUUGGGGAAAGAUCCAGAGGUGCUUAUAUGACCCAAAAGACAAUUAUGCUUUUUGGUUAUGGUAUAUCACCUUUCAUGUAAAUCCAAAGAUGGUGAUAAGAGUUAGUGGUCUCCAGCUUCAUUACACAACAAGGGUUGGGACCUCAAAUCAAGUAAAGAAAUCAAAUUAGAGAGAAAUAGAUUUCUUUCCCACGCACAAUCAGUUUGAUUCGUUAGUGUUUGAUGACCAUGGAUGUUUUUUUACACCUAGUAAGAAGAAUCUAUGUAUCAUCAUUGUUUAGUCCCAGUUAUGUGGUGCCGGCAUGAUUUCAAGAUCUGCUCAGCAUAUAAUGUCAAUUUGGUUGAAAUGAAGGAAUGUGUUGAUAACUUGAUGCUGUGUGUUGAAAGCCAUUUUGAUAUUAUUGCUGCUGAUGCUGUUCUUAUUUUUGUUUUUAAAAAGCAGUCAUACCAGAA